AUGAGUCAACUUCAUACUACUAUGAACCGGCAUCACCAGUUGAAAGAGAUUAAAUUAUCAAUAAAACAACACAAGCAAAACAAUGUUGCAUUACCAAUACUUAAUGAAAACAAUAAUAUAUCUGUAGUGGAUAAUGAUUCAGAUGAUAAGACAGAAGUUAAUGAAAAAAACAAACAAGUUAUUAGUGUAGAUAAAUGGGAUAAAAUAAUACAACGGUGGAUUAAUAUGAUCUCUGAAGAAGAUGAGAAUGCAAUUGAUACUAUAGAUGAUAAUAAUGUAAAACAAAUUUUUUAUAAUACAAAUCAUCCAGCUAUCAACAAUGAUGCAAAAUGGAAGCUAGAAACAUUGUUUAAAGAUGAUAUUUGUGAUCCAGAAUUUAUUUUUGACUUAUAA